AUGCCUUACAGCGAUGUCAAUUGUGCUGGGAAAUGUAAAUCAGUAUACAUCUUAGACAAAUGCAAAGAUAAUAAAGUUUUUGAGUUCGAGCCGGAAAGAGAAAAGUUCCCAUUGAAUUUGAACGGAUGCCCUUUAGUCACAUAUGCAGUUAUAUCAGAACCGUACGUGCUGCCUCCAGAGAAAAAGGCUCAUAAUCCAAUAUGGAACGAUGUUUAUGAUUUUCAAAAAGGCGGAGAGAUUAAUCUUGUUAAAACCAUAAGGAUCAAACGGGCGGCAUUUGGCCGGAAUUUUGCAGUUGUUUCAUCGCGAAGGCAGGCCGAAUAUAUGGAUCAAAAAUUGGGGAAAGGCGAGCCCUUAAUUUAUUGUUUCCCCGAAAGAAAUAAUCUUUAUAAGUACGGUGUUGUUCUUUUGACUAGGCAAUGGUUUCCUAUGUUGGAAAGGUUCAAUAAUAUUAUACGCAGUGUUUCGGAGAAUGGUCUGAUAGAUAAAUGGAAUCAGGAGUUGUUUAUUCACAGGAUCAACUCUGAAGGUACUACCGUGGUGCCGUUGGGUAUUCAACAUUUGCUGGGAGCUUUUGUGUUAACUGGCAUCUUGUAUGCUGUGACUAUCAUUGUUUUUAUUGGAGAAUUAAUUAUAGGUUUAAUGAAAAGUAGAAAAUGGCUUGUAAAAUUACUGUAG